AUCGCUGGCGAGUUUUUCCCCGCAUAAUAUUAUGCUAUCUAGGUUCGACCUUAUAACAUUGCUGUUUCUUCUGUUCCUUCAUCGUCCUCGAGUGGCGGUUAUUCGUUCAACAGGAUACGAAGAUGCUAUAUCUCAUCAAACCAAAUCUACCAUCCCCUUCUCUCUAUAUUUUCGAGGAGAAAAUUGCUCAGCAAGUCACCAUCAAUGCCGACGGCAGUGUCGUAUCUUUCUGCUGUUCAACAGACAAACGCUCGCGGACGCAGUCGCGACAACUUUUCUGUGCCAUCAACCCCUGCACUUUCCCUCUCGCCUUCCAUCACAGCUUCCUCCGAGGACAACGCCUUCAGCGAGGACGAUGAGAACAACUGCCUUGUAUACCCCAUUACACCGCCUACCUCCGAACAGAUCUUCACUACCGUCCACACAGAGUUUGGUCACUGUGCGAAUGAGGCAUAUCGAUGCGUCUCUAAGCAUGACUACACGAAACCUUUUGAGGAGAGAACCAUCGAGGAGCCACCAUACUAUGUCUUUUUCGCUACACACAUAAGCCUGUUCAUUCUCCACUUGUUAGGCCAUAUGCGCGACUUCUUCGGAAAGCGGUUUGCAAAGUCUUAUUUCGCCCACCUGAUACCCCAGAAUGGGUGUAUGACUGACUGCCUGUGCCAGCCCGUUACGGGUGUUCCCGGCCGCACUAUUGUUAUCCUCGACCGUCACUCCAUAGAUAACAACUACACACAGACCUACACAGGUGGCAAGACACGUGCGCUGAACAUUUCGUCGUACAAUUACCUUGGCUUCUCCCAGGGUGGCGGCUGCUGCUCAGAUGCAGUCAAGGAAAGCAUACGCCGAUAUGGCGUCUCCGAUUGUGGCACACGUCUUGAGGGCGGGAGCUCCGAGCUUCAUGUAUCUGCUGAAGCCCUUGUUGCGCGUUUUGUCGGCACGGAAGAUGCAUUGAUCAGCUCUAUGGGAUUCGCCACCAACUCUACUUUCAUCCCUGCGCUGGUGGGAAAAGGAUCUUUGAUCAUUUCGGACGAACUGAACCACGCUAGUAUCUGCAUUGGUGUACGACAGAGUGGCGCAUAUAUCCGGAUAUUCAAGCACAAUGAUAUGUCAAGCCUCGAGUCCCUACUGCGUGAGGUAAUAAGUCAGGGUCAGCCCAAGACGCAUCGUGCGUGGAAGAAGGUUUUGGUUAUCGUCGAAGGCUUGUACUCCAUGGAAGGCACGGUUGUGAACCUGCCUAAGAUUGUCGAACUAAAGCAAAUCUACAAGUUCCACCUCUACAUCGAUGAGGCGCACUCGAUCGGUGCGCUUGGUCCUCAUGGCCGGGGUGUGACGGACUACUUCAACAUCCCUCCUAGUUCUAUUGAUGUCUUGAUGGGCACUUUCACUAAGUCAUUUGGUGCUGCUGGCGGAUAUAUCGCGGGACCGAAAACUCUUAUUGACUGCCUCCGACUGCGCGGUCACUCCGGUCCAUAUGCAGAAGCAAUAGCGCCCCCGGUGCUCGCCCAGAUUGUUGCCUCGAUGGCCAGUAUCAUGGGUGUUGUUUCGGCACCACGACCAACCAAUUCCACCUUUUCUCUUAGCCCUGUGGGCUCGAUUGUUACGCCGAGGGACAAAACAAAAGAGCCUUUAGGUAUGGUACCUGCAAGCAGCCUGCCGACGUGGAUGAACCUUCCUCCGGCUCUUGCAGACGGAUCUGAAGCUCGCAUGCGUAUCCGCCGUCUUGCCUUCAACUCUCGUUAUCUGCACGCGGGCCUUAAGAAACUCGGCUUCAUCAUCUAUGGACAUUCCUUCAGUCCGAUCGUUCCCCUGCUCAUCUUUAACCCUGGAAAAUUGCCUACGUUCGUGCGUAUGAUGCGUUCAUACAGUCCACCGAUCGUCGUCGUUGUCGUAACAUAUCCCGCCACUCCGUUUGAGACGGCCCGUGCGCGGUUCUGUCCCAGCGCGUCGCACACAAAGGAGGAUAUUGAUAUAGUGCUGCGUGCAUGCGAUGAGGUGGGUGGAAUUCUGGACUUAAAACAUGGUUCGGGCGAACGAUGGGGAAUCAACACGGUCUGCGAGCGUGCUGUAGAGCUUGUGCACUCUGUGAACGUUUGA